AUGGGACCGUCAGACGCACCCUCCUCCCCGACAUUCCCUGCCCUGGACCCCAUUAUCAUGGACGACGAGAUGGAGUCCGCCUUUCGCAAUGCCAACAUGGACUUUCUCGAUCCGACCAAGUUGGAAAUUCCCUCAGACUCCGCAGGAGGUGAUUUCGAUGAUCUAUUCGCCCGUGUCACUCACAACCGUUCGAACGGCGCUCCGGAGUCGUCCAAGUCUUAUCAAGACCAACACCCCCUGAGACAACCACCGUUAGUGGCAGCAGACUCACCAGCAGACUCUCCCGGUAAUUCGAGCCGCAGCUCCUCGUCCGAAUCUCCGCGGACUCAUUUACGACAUGCAUCGAUCGCUUCCUCGACUUCCGUCGCCCACAGUGAAAACCCAAUGACAUCCGCCGGCUUUUCGACAGAGGAUUGGAUGCGUCCAGAAUUGUCGUCGGUGAAGGAGGAGUCACCAUUCACGAUUGAUCCAUCAUUUCCCAUGGAUGGAGGGUAUUCUAUGGACCCGGAUUUGGAGUCGAGCAACAAGGCCAUGGAUGCAGCCUUCGAUUUUGAGAGCGCUGCCAGCAGUCCUAGUCCAUUGAAAACCGAGAAUCCGCCGCAGCUCAACCAUCCGCAGCAAAAUCAAGCACAGUUCUGGAGUCCUUCAAUAGCACCUGCCGCAUCAAUGUCGACCGAACCCCCGGCUACAGCUACACCCUCGUCUGCAGUGAGUCAUACCGACAGACGACAAUGGUCUCGCGGUGAUUCUAACGUGAAGCAGCAGGCUCCGCCCCCUGGAUCUCCGUAUUUUGCUUUUGGUCUGCAAGAACAGUCUCCAUUCCCUCGAACCUUUCGUAAUGAUACCGAGCGACUUUCUGCUCCUCAAUGGAGCACAAACUCCCCAUCCUCGCUUCUGGAAGAGAGCUUUGGAGGCAUCAACAUGAACGGGCAGUCUCCGCUCAACCAUGCCUCAAUGUCACCCACCAUGAACUUCGGCUCGCCUGCCUCCUAUCCGUUCCCUGUCAAUUUUGCCUCAUCUCCAGCUCAAGCUCAACCGCAGAUGGAUAGCACAAACUCUGUGCAACCCAUUCUUACAGUGCACCCAACCUCGCUUAAAUCCCGCGUCGAAACACAGAUCCCAAUUCGUUUGACACUCUCUCCAUUACCGACGGGCGUCAAGAAAUUGCGUCUUCCAUCUCAUACUAUCUCCAAACUCAAAUUCCUUGCUCCUCCUUCUACCGAACCUACCCCCGACACAUAUCAACUUUUUACAAGCUUGGUAUGUACUAGUGCAAUGCAGGAUCGUGAGAAACUCAAACGAGCAUUUGCGCGCACUAGAGGGGAAAGGCAAAGUGUGACCGGGUCGAAAGAAGAGCAACCUCUGGAAGGUGGUGAUGUUGUGAUCUGCUCAGGAUGUAUACAGCGAGAAAGAAAACGUGCAUCUCGGAAGAAGCAACGCAAACCCGAGGAGGAUGAGCUGUUCCAGAAGGAUGAGGAGAAGAGAAACGCUUCAACGGGCUACAAUGAGAUCCCGGCUGUUCCUCCUGGGUCGAUGCAAGUCGAACUUCCAAUGCGCAUUGCUUGCUAUUGUCGCCAUCAAAACGAGAAACUUGGCUUCCAGGUAAUCUUCACUAUCAAGGAUCACUUGAACAACGUCGUUGCUCAGGCAAUCACCAAUUCUAUCAUGAUCACCGACGAUCACAAAACCCAAGCUCCUGCUGCUGCUGCGCCCACUGGCCCUACUUCUUUACCAGAUGGAACCCAAAUGCCUGGUGUAAACGUGUUCCCAUCAGGGUCGAACGGUGACCACGUGAAAGGCUCGAAUGGCGCAUUUGCGUCACCCCAGUCUCCCACUGAUCUUCAAGGUCUUCAGCAAAGAUUCAAUUCACAGUACCAGCUCACCCCAAGCUCCUUUGCCGCCGCUCAAGGUGCUAUCAACGGCAUUGCUGCGGGUUCUCAAUCUUCUCGAACACUGUCAAGGCAGGCUUCACCUACCGAUUUCCCUGGGCCGCAGAGUAAGCGGCGAAAGCAUAGCAGCUCUGGAAGGCUCCCGUCAGAACUGACAAUGACACGGAUGGAGACACAGCAGUCCUCGUCCUCUGCGAUGAGCAGCGCAGCACAGCUUGCGGCUGCUCGUGGAUAUGCGUCACCAACAGAACGACCGUUUGUAACGCCUUCAUCGAUGUCUGGACAGUAUGGUAAUGGACCUCCAACUCCUAGCCAAAGCAACGAUAAUAAUCCAUUUUUCAAUCCCACACCAGCUCAACGCCAGAGCUUGGAUAGUCUCGCUCAGCAGCCUUUGGUCUCAGCGCCAAAUUCUGCUCACCCGAGUCGACCAGGGACACCAGGUACUUCAGGCCGCAAUGGCUUUCAAGACCCUAACCUCGCACUCAACCUUGGUGCUAACUCCGCGAGCCAAAUAUGGCCCCCUCUUACCACCACCCCUAACCGACUUCCUUCUGUCAUUCAUAAGUUGGUGCCAGCUGAAGGAUCGAUUACUGGUGGCACAGAGGUCACAUUGUUGGGAAGUGGCUUCUAUCCUGGCAUGGAGGUUGUCUUUGGCGAUACUCUUGCAACAACCACAACGUUCUGGGGAGACAAGUGUCUCAACUGUCUGACACCUCCUGCACUUCAGCCCGGCCUGGUGUCAGUGAUGUUCAAACAUGAGCACCCAACCUUUGGUCAAAUGCAGCAGCCGCAGCCUAUGAUGCCUAAGCAGCAGCUUUUCUUCCGCUAUGUUGAUGACCGUGAGCUUCAGAUGUACCGUUUGGCCCUCAACAUCCUCGGUCAGAAAUUGGGAAGCCAAGCCGACGCAUUCCAGACGGCCCAGCAGAUUAUGGGCAGCGAUCCAAAUGCCUUCUUGAAUAUGCAGAAGGAUAUGCAGGGCGGUGGCGGCUCUUCUGGUGGUCACCAGCGUCAGGUCCCGGGUUUGGAACCUCAGGGCAAACUCAGCGAUCUCGACUCUAAGAUGCUGACCUACCUUGAGUUCAUCGAUCUUGAUGACAGCCCACGGCCACCGCGCUUCAACUCUCGCAGCGGAACUGGACAGAGUUUGCUCCAUUUCGCGGCGUCUCUGGGGCUGACUCGCUUCGUUGCGGGAUUGUUGGCUCGAGGUGCGAACCCUGAUGUGCAAGACAACACUGGCAAUGCGCCUAUGCAUCUGGCAGCUCUUCACGGUCAUGCUCAUAUCGUUCAUCGACUUCGUCUUGCUGGUGCCAAUGCUAAUGCCCGAAGCGUGCGCGGUUUCACUCCGGCGGAUCUGGCGACGUCGCUUCCUACGCACCAGGCUGCUUUGCUACCUUCACGUCAUUACCGUUCUCGCAGCGCUGGAUCUCUUACAUCACGUCGUCGCCACAGCAGUUCGGCUUCGCUAAGCUCUCUUUGGGAAAAUUCAUCUGCCUCUGGGUCUUUGGGCCAUGCAGUUGACGACUCAGAAGAGCUAGACGACAGUGAUGAAUUAGAUAGCGAUGACUCUGAUGACAUGCCUCUACACUUCAGUAGCUCUCGCAGAUCCAGUAUGCACCAAGAUGUUAUACCUCCUGUUGUCGUUGAUAAUGUCGAUCAGGGCGCAGCACAUGGUGAUGCCCGUGGAUUUACACCUCCUGCAGCCGUCGUUGCUUGGCGAAAUCAGCUGGCUGCGCAGAUUAAUCACUUCCAGCAAAGUGUGGCUAACGCUUUCCCGAAUAUUCCUGCGCUGCCACCUAUGCCUGCUCUGCCAGACUAUCAAGCCAAUCAGAUGAUGCGUCGCAUCACCAAUCUUGUCCCUCAUCGCCCUGUGGCUGAUGGGUGGUGGGAUUACUUGAAGGGAACGGCCUCCCCAUCAGGACAAACGGCGCCACCUUCCUACGAUGAAUUGUACCCACAUCAACAGGAUCGUGAGGAUGACGCCGAUAUCAAGAAAAACAGUCUUUUGCGUGCAGCAACAGAAGCCGCAUUAGAUCAACAUUUCGAGGCACAGAGUACAGUGGUUGCCUCUACAUCUGCUGCUGCAACUAUCGAACGCCCACCUUCAGCUAGCGAUGAUCUUAAGGACAUUACUAUUGGGAGCAAACUUAUUUCUCGUGAGCAGCAGAAGAACCUCCGAGCGCAUCAGGCCCGUCGCAUGAAGGGACUGGGCAACGACCGGAAUCUCUACUUUAUUUGGAUUCCUCUUCUGCUUCUGGUUAUUUGUGCGUGGGUUCGGAACUACGUUCCUGGAAUUUGGCGAGGCGUCAUGGACAGCUUUGAUUUUGUGAAGGCUCGCUAUACACAGCGGGCUGUGGAAAUGGGCAUUUAG